UCAGAUAAUGGAUGAUAAAGUUGGAUGGGGGGGGCGACAUUCUCGCCCCGCUCCUCCCUUAUUGCAGGCAACGUCCGCCGCACGGCUAUGCACUUGGGUUCACGUUUCCUUCUUUGCUCGCGAACGCCACGAGCUUGUUGACUGAGCGGACUGACGUGUCGACACAGCGCGCCGACUUUACUGGAUCAGAACUUCAUUUCGAUCUUUGUGUCCGGAUAAACUCGUCUCGGUGCACGUUGAAGCUUCUCGGCCUAGUUAGCUUAGUUUAGCUUUUAGCUUGCUAGGCGCUAACCAAAAGGAGAGACUCGUCGCUUGUUUGUAAUCAACAGAUAACCGUUCAGCGGUGGGAACGGCGGUAUUGUGUGGAAAAUGUCCGCAAGAAGGACAGAAAAGCACGCGAAUGAUCUUUGUGGAAUGAAAGAAGAGACCGAGCAGAAUCUUCGACUGCUGGGCGAUGUUCGCAAGCAGCCUCGAGUUGUGUUACACAGAGCAGACAUCAGUGGAAAAUAUCUUCGUCUUGAGCAACAGGAGUCCGAUUGCACUCAUAUUAAAGAAGAGGAGGAGGAGACCGCUCACGUUAAAAAGGAAGGAAACCCGUCUCACAUUAAAGUAGAGGAGGAGGAGAAGGAUAUCACCAAGUUGCAAUUGACCUUUGACCCUGUAAAAAGUGAAGAUGAACAUCGGGACAAGAGUGAGGAUAACGGAGGGGUGGAGCCUUCAAGCAACAGCUCAAGUCAAUACAUGGCAACAGAAGGUGAUGAAGACCACUGGGGACCAUCACGGGGUGGCCUAUUAGCCCCAGUCUCAGAUAGUGACGACAUAACGUCACACUCUCAUGAUGAUGAUGAUGAUGAUGAACAGCCUGAAGUUGAAAUGACAUUUCACACCGACACCACAUGCAGGAAAUGCUCUCGGUGUGACAAAGUAUUUACCUCAAAGCAGGGUUUGAACUAUCACAUGAGAACACAUACUGGCGAGAAACCUUUUGCCUGUUCGGUUUGUGGUAAAAAAUUCACUGAAAAAGGCACGUUGAUCAAACACACGAGAACGCACACUGGGGAGAAACCUUUUACCUGCUCUAUUUGCGGUAAAAGAUUUUCGGAAAAUGGACAUUUGACAAGACACAUAAGAACACACACUGGGGAAAAACCUUUUGCCUGCAAAGUGUGUGGCAAAAGCUACUCUGAAAAGUCCAAUUUAACGCAGCACACAAGAACGCAUACUGGAGAGAAACCUUUUACGUGCUCAGUUUGCGGCAAAGGCUUCUCCGUGAAUUCGCAUUUAACGAGACACACCAGAAAACACACGGGAGAAAAACCUUUUGUCUGCUCAGUCUGCGGCAAAAGAUUCUCUAUCAAUACAAGCUUGACGGAUCACGCGAGAACACACACCGGAGAGAAACCUUUUAUCUGCUCAGUUUGCGGCAGAAGCUUCUCUGUCCGGACAAAUUUAGCAAAGCACAAAAGAGCGCACUGCUGGAAGGAUGGUUUUGGCUGCCCCGUUUGUGGUAAAAGCUUCGCUGCAAAGUCGAGUCUAUCGAACCACACGAGAACACACACCGAAGAGAAACCAUUCAGUUGCACCGUGUGCGCUAAAAGAUUUUCCAGUCAUGCGUUUGUGAAGAGACACAAGUGUGCGGAAGACGAGAGCAGUUACCAUUAAAGAAACGGAUUCUUCGUGGUUAGCUGUGGAACCAGGAUAAGUUGAGCUGUAUUAGCGCCAAUCUGAAGACGCCAUGUGAUUUGAUCUACAUGUGUGUGUGUGUGUGUGCCAUCAACUGUCAUGAGCUGAUCUGCAUUUAGCUGGCGUUUAGAUUGUGGGCACGCCUCGUGAAGUCGCAAACACCGUCAGCUCGUGUGCAAUUUUAUCUAAGUCUUCAGUCAAAGUCUGUACAAGUUCAGUAUUGAGCCUGACAAGAGAGACAACAUUCCUUCCACUAGUCAACUAUGUCAGUGUCACUAGUUAACGAUUGAGCACUCUGAACACAACAGUUAACAUUCACUGCCAGCUGUUUUUCAAAGUACAACGUAUAUUGUAAAGUUGUGAAUCGAACGGCUAAGAACGGUUGAACGGCUUCAUUGUAUUUUCAACCACAACCUGGUCAUUUUACUAUUCUUUUCCAUCAAAUGAAUCCUAAUGUAUUGUCAAGCUAUUCAAUAAAUGUUCAUCUCGGA